GUUUGAUCAGUUGGAUUAUACAUUCAUUCAUGAAACAUCAGAAUAGAACGUGCAACGCAGUAGUAAACUUGUGCAUUAUAAUCCCUGAAAAAAACUCGGAGUGGAAAUUGAGACUGGUCGCUUCUAUUAUUCAACAUUAUCAUCCCCACCUCACUAUCAGGAGAAAAGAGGGCUAUAAAACCUAAAGUAGUUAUAAAUUGCUUAGUCACCACCUAAAGAUAUUUCCCACACGUAAGAAGUUCUCAUAUUACGGCGUGAUGCGCAUGAAAAAAUUCAGUCUUUUGUUGUCCGAGUGCUUAGUGAGACCAACACUUGUAUGAUUUAUCUGUGACUUCAACUUGACUGCAAACACUACAAGUUUGUGUAGUUCCCAAUCUCUAAGGGCAUCAACUAAACUAAAUUAGCUACCAAGAUCAAUACACGAUAUUAUGAAUUCCAAAGUGAUUACGAUUUCUUCAAUACUGCUUCUCACCCUGGUAGGAUUUCCAAAUUUAGUCAAAUCAGCAGAUGAAGAACCUGCAGACAACAGUUUUGACUUUUUCUCUCUGGGAAGUGAAUAUUGGAACCGGAUGAGAAUGGGACUGGCAUUUGACGUUUAUGACGAUGCUGCAUUUGUGGCUGAAACCGUGAAGAAGGAAGAGAAUCCGGAUGUCAAAUUGAAUGUGACCGAACUUAUCAAGAAGUACGGAUUUCCAGUUGAGACGCAUACCGUUUACACAGACGACAACUAUGUCCUAACCUUACACAGAAUACCAUUUGGUAGGAAGCACCAUCCAAGCCACGCAGAUUCCCUCAGCAAUAAUGAUAAUAAUGUCACAUCAAGUGGUACACAAGAAGCUGGAGAGAAGAAGCCCAUUGCAUUGCUUCAUCACGGAUUAUGUAGUUCAUCAGUGGAUUGGAUUAUGAAUACUGCGGAUAAAGCACUUCCAUACAUGCUUGCUGACGCUGGCUAUGAUGUCUGGAUGGCAAACGCAAGAGGAAAUCGAUAUUCGAAGAGGAAUAUUGCGAUGACUCCAAAAAAAUCUGCGUUUUGGGAUUUCAGUUGGCACGAGAUAGGGAAAUAUGAUAUUCCUGCUUCAAUUGACUAUAUUUUGGCAACAACGGGUCUGAAAGAGCUUAAUUAUGUGGGUCACUCUAUGGGAACAACGGCGUUUUUUGUAGCAAUGUCCUUGAGACCAGAGUAUAAUGCAAAGGUUCGGAAAAUGAUAGCUUUGGCACCUGCGGUGCAUCUGGAGGGGAUGAAAAGCCCUUUGAGAUAUAUGGCUCGAUUUGGUGUAAUCGAAAAGUUUAUUUAUGACCUUCUCGGAAAUGGGGAAAUCUUACCGGACUAUGUUUUGAAGUACAUGCAUCAAUUUGCACCUUCUGCAUGCACUGAGAGCGAUACGUUUACAACAGAAAUUUGUGACAAUAUCAUGUAUGCAAUUGGAGGAUACAAUCCUGGUCAGAUGAACGAGACGCAAAUGCCCGUAAUUUUGGCACAUGCACCAUCUACAUGUUCCACCAAAUCCGCAAUCCAUUUUCUUCAGAGCGUACAUUCUGGAAAAUUCAGGCAAUACGAUUAUGGAAUGAUAGGAAAUAUCCAAAAAUAUGGCCAAAUGAAUCCGCCAAUUUAUAAACUCAGUAAAGUUACAGCUCCAGUGUCCAUAUUUUGGUCAGAAAAUGAUGUCCUAUGCGAUCCAAAAGGCGUGAAACGACUGAAAAACGAGUUGCCCAAUUGUGAAACAUCCAUCAAGAUAAACGAUACGCAGUUUACUCAUAUUGAUUAUUUGUAUGCGAAAGAUGCAGAUAAACUUGUUUAUAAAAAAGUCAUGGACUUGUUAGAGCAGCAAGGAACUGAAUCAAAAGAAAUUAAAAAGAUUGAUCAGAAAGAUUGAUAAACCAACAGUGUCAAAGGUCAUUUUUUGUCCAAUUACUCUGUGUGGCCUAAUUAAAAUAAAUAAAGCGGUGACCGGGUUAAUCACAUAAUUAUAAGAAAUGAAA